AUGUCGCUUGUCACAUCCGUCGCACUGUCUGGCUCCACAAUCGUCGGCGGUACUUCUAGCGGCGGCAUGGUCGUAUGGAAAAUGGGCACAAACGGCAACGUGACAAAGACCGCGACGAUCCCGGACGGUACGCAGAGCAAAAACGACGUCCGCGGGCUUUCCGGCUCCAUCGUCAUCCGGGGGACCGAGUACCCUGACACCAGCAUGUGGUACAGCCAGACGACUGACGUUUACGAAUUGGGUGACGAUGGCAGCUCUGCGCUCCUCAAGUCUAUUGCCGGGCAAGGCAAUGCCGCGAUCGACGGCGAUGUGAUCAUCACCAGCGAUCGGGACGAUGUUAACUCUUACGCACACGGCAAGGUGUUCCUUUACGAGGUGGGAGCACACAAAUACGAGAAUGUUACGCUGACUGGAGAAUAUCGGGGUCCAACACCCAGAGUGAACCUAGGACAGUACAUGGCACUCUCCGGCUCCACUGUCUUCGCCGCCGACAUUUAUAACUUACACGAGUUAGAGUAUAACCCGGGUGUCGGGAUAACAGAUGUCGGGUCCCCUAUCAAACUCCCUGGUAACUGGAAAAUAUUAUCAUUAGCUACAACCGGCUCCAUCACCGUCAUGUUGCUCUCCGACGGCCUCAAAGCUUAUGAAAAGCAAGCUGACGGCAGCAAGAAGGAGCAUGUACUCAUCUCGAAGGACUACGAGGCGUCCGAUUACUUCGGCUACUCCGUCGCGGUAUGCGGCUCCACCAUCGUCGUCGGCGCGAUAUAUGACGACGACAAGUGGGCCAACUCCGGGUCCGUGUACGUGUUCGAGAAGGACGCCGACGACGGCGCGUUCGUGCAGGUCGACAAGCUCACCGCGGCGGACGGCGCGGCGCAAGAUCACUUCGGCAAGUCCGUCGCGUGCGAAGGCUCAACCAUCGUUGUUAUGGCAAAAUCCGGUGUGUAUUUCUAUCGAAUGAACCGCGGAGUCGACAGCGCCGAUACUGUAUCGACGUCGGGCGAACAAAGCUCGACGUUCGAAGGCACCGCGAUCAUGCAAAAAAUCACGGAAUACGCGGCCGAGCACGACGAAGUGUUCGCGCAAAACCAAGCGUUGACGACGGAGGCCAUAGAGGUCCGCACGAAGCUCGCCAACCUGCGCGAGAAGCGCGAGGCGCUCAUCAACAUGACCGUGGACGACCCCCCGCUCCCCGUCAUCGACAUGAGCGCGCUCAGCGUGGACAACGUGACCGUCGGCGAGAACGCGACUUCCGGUCUCGGCGACGCCGCGGCGUCGACGUCGACGGACGCCGUGGACCUCGUCGCGGAGUUCCAGAAGGCGCACGACAAAGUCAUCGCAGACACCACGGAACUGCAAAAGGAGAUCGACUAUCUUCGCGUGAAGCGCGGCGAGAUCGUCGACCUGAUGGUCGGACACACGCCGGUCCCCGUCGUGGACUGCGGCUCGGACGCGUCAGCCGCCGCCGCCCGCGGCGCCGCGCUCGGCGAGACUCCCGCGACGAACUCGACGCUCAUCAUGGAAUACGUCGCGGAUUACCAAAAGAAGCACGACGAGGUCAUCGAGAAGACCAAGGUCGUGAAGGAAGAGAUCGCCCACGUGAACGCCAUUCGCGACAAGAUCAUCAAGUUGAAUCCCGCCAUCACCAUCGACGUGACCGGUCACGAAGCCACGACGGCGUCCGCGCUCGGGGCUGCGCUUCGAUUCUCGUCGUCCGCGGCUUUGCGCGUCGGCGCGCCCGCGCUCGCGCUCGCCGCCGUCGCCGCCGUCGCGGGCGCCGCGUUGAGCAAGUCUCGACUCGACCGGCGCCGCCGCGUCGGGGCGGACGAAGAGACGCUCCUCGUCGAGGGUACCAAGUACGGCGCCGUGCACGCGUGAGCGAACGACCACUGAGUAUUUGCGCUUCAUCGCGCGUGGCCUCCGGGUCGUGCGUGUGUACAUAUCUAAAACGGACGAGAGUGUGGAAGGGGUGACAUGAACAUGAGCCUGGCAAGGCGCCCUUAUAUAAGUAGCUCUACUUCGACGGGCGCGAAAGCGCGAAAGCGCGAACGCGUCGACCGUCAGUACCUCCGAGUCUAUCCUUAUAUAAUUGUACAUAGUAUGCAAUUUCAAUUAUUU